UGAAUCAGGCAGAAGAGGAGCGCUUUCAGCUGCAGAGGAGGAGCGCUGAGCUCUCAGCCACUGUCUCCUCCACGCUGGCCUCCUACACCUCCCUGGAGCAGACCCUCGCCUCCCAGACCAGCAAGUAUGCAGCAGUCUGUGUUUGAUGCGCAGCAAGCUUCAGAGAGAGCGAACCGUGUGGAGGAAGCGCUGGAGACUUCCAGGAAGCAGCUGGAGGGACUAUGAGGACGCUCUGUCGCAGAGAGAAUCCCUGAUUAAAGAGCUGCACGCUGAAGCUGAGAUGCAUCACCACCAGCUCGGUCUGCUCACUCAACUGCAGUCUGAACUGUGCAGUGCCAGAGAAAUGAGCGAGUUCUUGCAGGCGGAAAACGACCUGGCUCGGGAUCAGACGGAGGAGAGUGAGAGACUGCUGCGGGGCCACGUACAGAGCCUGAGAGAGAGAGACUCGGAGUGUGAGGACCUCAGACUAGCGCUGGAGCAGCUCAGGCUGGAGAAGGACUCUCUUCAGGAGGAGCUGGACAGCACACGAGACAAAGCGCGCAGCAUGCUGCUGGAACAAGGAGAGCAGAUGGCUCAGGCGUCGAAUGAUCUCGUGCUCCUCAACCACAGAGUCUGCCGUCUCACCGGCGUCUUGAAGGAAUCCCUAGCCUCCGAGGAGUCCGAGAGCUCUGAUAAGACAUCGCAGCCUCUCAGACAUCCCUCCAGCUCUUUUGUGGGUUCUGUGAUGGUGGCCAUGAUGAAGACGGCGUCUCCUGAGGGUUCAGAGGAGCAACAAGAAGGCAUCGUCAGUGAAACCAGCGCUUUUACUCGAAUACCACCAUCCACACACACAGAAGGGAGAGAGGAGAGACGGAGCCGUAUGGUGGAUCUGUUGUGUGAUUUAGGUGAGAGCGUCUCAGAUCUCCAGCUGAGGGUCCAGAGAGACGCGGAGCAGCAGACCGUAUGUGGCCUGCAGGAGGCGCUGCAGGAGGAGUCCGAAAGACGCAGGCAGCACGUGUCAGAGCUGAGGCAGACUGUGGAGCGGCUGCAGGCGCAGGUGGAGAAGGAUGCUGCGGUCCUGCUGCAGAAAGCUCAGGAAGAGAGAAACCUGAGGAAACUGUGCAGGGAGCUGGAGGAGAAUAUGGAGGCGGCACACAAACACAGAGCAGAGAACAGUGAGUUGCGUCGUGAGGUUGCUGAUCUGCGGCGGCUGGAGCAGCAGGCACAGGUGGAGGCUCAGGUCUUGAGGGAGGAGCUUAACCGAACAGGUGUCCAAUCAGCAGCCAGCGCCAAAGCGUUAGAUGAAAGAAUCCAACUGCUCAGAGAGGUUGAGAAGCUCAAGGCCAAUUUAAUGGAAACAGAGGAAAAUCGUGCCAAGGUCUUGGAGAGGGCAAAACGACAUCAAAGGGUCCAUGCCAUGAACCAGAGUAAACUGGAGCGAGAGCUACAUCUGCUUGAUGAAAUGAUUGAAACCGUCAGACAGACACUGUCCUCGAUUCCCGAUCGUGUCAAGAGCUGUCCUGAACUGCAGAAGCUCGUGGAAUUUAUUGGAUGAGUUGCUGGAAAUUAGUUUAGUUUUUAAACAUUAAGUGUCUUUCAUUUGAACUAAACUAAAUACCUUCGUGGGCCAAUCAGUUCAUUUUGUAACAGUGUUUUUUUUUUAAUUCAUUUUGUAAGUGAUUAGUGUAUGAACAAUGUUUAAUAAAUGUUAUUGUGUUAAAUUAAAGGUCUGUAUUAGGACAGCA